UCAAUAAAAAGUAAACGAAAAGUGUGAAGUGACGCCGGUUUGGUUAGAUGAUUUUCACAAUACAAAUUGCUUUCUAAAAGAACCAUCUUGAAUCUAGAUAGAGAAACUGUGACAUAACUGACAAUUGCAAUGAGCGCUGGUGGAAUGUUAUAUGGUGGUGACGAAAUCGGUGCGCUCGUGUUCGAUCCGGGUCACCAUUCGCUGCGAGUUGGUUACGCACAAGAGGAUACCCCGAAGGCAGAGAUUCCCUCUGUGGUCGGUGUUGGACCGGGUGAUGUUGCUCUGAAUACCGACUUGGAAACGAAAGCGGACAAUAAUGUCAGCAGCACAAACAAGUACUAUGUUGAUACCACGUUCGUGAGUGUUCCGAGGUCAAGCAUGGAAAUCCAGACCUACAUGAAAGAUGGUAUGGUGGACAACUGGGACUUGUUUGAGAAAGUGUUGGACUAUGUCUACGCCAAAGUUAUUCAAUCGGAAUCAAUGUAUCAUCCGGUUCUUUUUUCGGAAGCGGCUUGGAAUGUGCGUAACAACAGAGAACGUUUGACGGAGCUUAUGUUUGAAAAAUAUAGUGUUCCUGCAUUUUUCUUGGUUAAAAAUGCCGUUCUCGCCGCUUUUGCCAAUGGUAGAGCAACGGCUUUAGUCGUAGACAGCGGUGCCACACACACUUCGGCGGUUCCAGUUCACGAAGGAUAUGUUUUGAGCCAGGCUGUGGUUAAAUCUCCUCUGGGUGGCGAUUAUCUUUCGCUUCAAUGCCGCCAGUACUUGGAGAGUCAGAACAUUGAUCUGACCCCUGUUUACGGUAUCGCUGCAAAGGAUGUCAUCAAAGAGCGUGAUAAUGCUCGUUUCACCCCGCGCCAAUUGCCAGAUAAAUUGACUGCAUCGUGGCAGCAGUAUAUGUUGAAAGGUUUAUUGCAAGAUUUUCAAAUGUCAGUAGUGCAGGUACUGGAAACUCCUUUUGACGAACGAACUGCAGCGCAAAUCCCAGCUGUUCAUUACGAAUUCCCCAACGGUUAUCAUCAAGACUUUGGUCCUGAGCGGUUCAAGUUAGCCGAGAGCCUGUUUGAUCACACGAUGCUGGGAGCUGGCCAAUUGGCAUCCACUAGCGUAGGAAUGUGCGAUGCCGAUGUACGUUUGUCUCUGUACGGCUCGGUGGUAGUUACCGGUGGAAAUACACUGCUGCCCGGAUUUCCGGAGCGUUUGAAUCGGGAUCUACAACAUCGCGCGCCAUCGAACACGCGUCUGAAAAUGAUCUCUGCGAAUGGGUCUGUCGAACGGCGGUUUGGUGCUUGGAUUGGUGGCUCUAUUUUGGCCAGCAUCGGUACAUUCCAGCAGAUGUGGAUUUCGUCUCAGGAAUACGAGGAGUCCGUUCAUAAGAGCGGCGAUUUGGACAAUUUGGACAGACGGGAUCAUACAUUAGGAAUGUGUUAGUGUUAACUGUGAUGUUCGAUUCUACGCAGUAACAUGCCCACUUGUAGGGAUAAUGGUAUAAUAUGUGUCAUUGGUAGGUAGACAAUAUUUAGGGGCGUCAUGCCUUGAAGACGCCAUGGAAAGUUACAGGAGCGUACUGUCGAAACCAAGCCAAAAUGGCGUAAUAAUAUUGUCGUUAUGCUCACGUAGUUUUGUUCAGGAACGAAUGAAAUCUACCGUUUUUUAUGUGUCUUGUAUUGAGGUCACGAAAAUAUACUGUGAUGAUCUGAGAGUGAGAGUGCCAAUAAUUUUUUUUUUAAUUUUCCAUGCUGCAUGAUAAGUUCAGCGAUAAGAUUACUCUAGCUGAGAUUCCGCUUUUUAUUCUGGAUUUUAUUCCAUUGGAUAUUUUUCCCAAAUUAGGUUGUAGUUUUGUUUGAAAUCUAUACAUUUCCCCGAAAACAGAAUGUGUCGAUUUUUGUAUAAAUUUCAAUAUUGUACAUAUAUUUACAGGAAAAUUUGCAUAUUUGGCAUCUCUAUACACCAGUGAUUCUCUAGAAUUUAACCUGAAAGUACUUCCUCUCUAUUGUUGAUAAAUAUGUGAAUUUUCAUUUGUUUUUUAUUAUAUAUUAUGUUAAUCGUUAUCAUUGCCUAAAAUUGCCAGGAUAGGGUAGGAUAUUUUGGUCUCGGUGCUUUUUGUACUAUUUCUCUCUGCAUGUACGCCUUCUAGGAAUCGCAUUUUUUCGAAAUUAUACAACCGGAGAAUCAAUUAUGUUCCAAUAAUAACAAAUAUGUAUGACAAUAUUAUUUGUGCGUGUAAUUUAAUAUUUUUCGUAGUUAUUUUUUCUAUUUAUUUAUUUCUUUUAGUAGGGCUUUAACCAUAAUUUUGUAGUUUUUUUCUAAUAAUAACUUAUUUAGGUGCAGUAAAGUGGUGAAGUUAUUGUAUAUGAAGAAAAGAUGAGAAAACCAAGUUGUACACCCAAAAAAGCACAAAAAUGUCCUUCCGCAAAGGAGCGCACAAACUCGUAACACUUUCAAUGUGUGUGCGGAAGAAACAGGAACACACAUUCGUGCUGAUUGUUUGUUUGGGUUAGAGCUGGCUCGGCUCAAUCGCUGCUGACGUCUAUAAAAGUGUUCCUUUCUGCCGGUUUCGGAUUCAAUCGUAUGUCAUCACUGCGACGCUAAAGGUCAGAGUCGUGCCUGUGACCAGUGCUCCAUUUUCUGGUUGUUUUGUUUUUUUUUGUGAGUGAUUUGCAUUUGCCCUUUCGGCCGAAAAUUCAGCAUCCAUCACAUUUGCUUGCCGAUAAACCUGAACAAUCGAAGCCACAGUCAAGUUUUUUUAAUUAUUAUUAUUUCGGUGAUAAGAAACUUUGUAGUGUUGUGUUGCUACCUCAGGACUGGUUGCGGAAAUAAAAAAAAGAUUGGUGCAUUAACGCGUGAUACUUGCAUACAGGUUUAUUGUUAUUUCAU